AUGCCAUCCCGGAUACGUAUUCUCUGCCUCCACGGUGACGGUACCAAUGCCACGAUCUUCGCGGCACAGACACGUCAUUUACGCCGCGCACUCGAUCUUCAGGGCAUUGACUUGGUUUACGUGACCGGUCCAUUCGAAUGUCCACCGGGAUACGGUGUUUCGCCGUUCUUCGACGACUGUGGACCUUUCUACCGUUGGAGUCCAGACUUCUACGAACAAGACGAUGUGAGCCAGUGCUGCGAUGUUGACGAAAGACUCGACCGUGGCCGGGGUGUCAUCGACGCUCUUGAUGACCUGCGGUACGAAUUUGGCGAUGUUGAUUCAAACAUCGACGGAGGCGGUAAAAACACCUUUGCUGGCAUUCUCGGAUUCUCUUCUUCAGCCGGUGUGGUCGCUGGAAUUCUUGCCGCACAGGAAAAUGAGCAAAAGGCAACUCCAGUAUGGCUGCACUUCAAGUUUGGCAUCCUUAUUAACGGAACUGGGAUGCCUUUGCCGCUCUCAGAGGUGUCCAAGAUUCCUCAUGCAGCUUCCAUCACGACGCCCACCGUAGCGGUGGUUGGAACAAACGACCGAUGGCAAGCAGAAAGCAGGCGGUUGAUUGGAUGCUUUGGGAAUGAUUCAAUCACCUUGUUUGAGUUCAACAACGAACACAAGGUUCCGGCGGAGGAAGCACAAGUUGAACAGAUUUCCACAGCAAUCUGCAAGUUGGCGCGUGUAACAGCAUCGCUGUAA